AUGGCGGGGAUGGAGUCGAUUUAUUCUGCCACCUACAGCAGUGUCCCGGUCUACGAGUUCAAGAUCGAUGGCGACAGUGUGAUGCGACGGAGAGGAGAUGACUGGGUCAACGCAACUCACAUCCUCAAAGCUGCAGGCUUUGAUAAGCCAGCAAGAACCAGAAUCCUCGAACGUGAAGUGCAGAAGGGUGUGCAUGAGAAAGUGCAAGGUGGUUACGGAAAAUACCAGGGAACAUGGAUACCACUCCCAGAUGGCCGCAUGCUUGCGGAGCGGAACAACAUAUUCACCAAAUUAGCUCCUAUCUUCGAGUAUGUCGCUGGAGAUCGCAGUCCUCCCCCAGCUCCGAAGCACACUUCCGCUUCUUCGAAACCUCGAGCCCCUCGCAAAUCUACCAACCGUGCUGCGGCGCCUGUGGCGCCUGCAGAAGUUUUCAAUGUUGUCCAGCCUCAGCGGAGCAUGGGCCCCCCGAGUCUACCCCAUGAACAAUAUGAGAUGAGCACCGGGUUCGAUGACAACGAGUCAAUCGAGCAGGCUACCAUUGAAUCGUCCUCCAUGGUUGCAGAUGAGGACAUGAUUCAGAUGUCGCAGCAUACAGGUCGUAAACGCAAGCGGGGACUGAAUGAUGCAGCCGUCAUGUCCAUUACUGAGCAGGAGCAUAUCAUCUAUGGUGACCAGCUCCUAGACUAUUUCAUGACAGUGGGCGACGCCUCUCAGGCGACACGUAUUCAGCCCCCAGAACCACCUGCCCACUUCCAGGUUGAUCGUUCUAUUGACGAUUCGGGCAACACAGCCCUGCACUGGGCUUGCUCAAUGGGUGAUUUGGAGAUUAUUCAGGACCUCCUUCGCCGAGGGGCAGAUGUCAAGGCUCUGUCGGUCCACGAAGAAACCCCUCUUGUGCGAGCUGUUUUGUUCACCAAUAACUAUGAGAAGAGAACAUUCCCUGCUGUGCUAGAUUUACUCUUGGAUACCAUCUCCUUCCGGGACUGGUUUGGAGCAACCUUGUUUCAUCACAUUGCGGAGACCACCAGAAGUAAGGGCAAGUGGAAGAGUUCAAAGUAUUACUGCGAGGUUACACUUGAUAAGCUGUGCAAAUCAUGUUCGCAGGACGAGAUUGAUCUCUUGCUGUCUUGCCAGGACGACAACGGUGACACUGCUGCCUUGGUGGCUGCGCGCAACGGCGCUUUCCGUCUGGUCAACAUGCUCCUCACCCACUGUCCUCGUGCUGGCGACCUUAUGAACAAGAAGGGAGAGACAGCCACCAGCAUUAUUCAACGCUUCUCCCAACGCUCACAGCACACAGACCACGACAUCCCGCCAGCACCAUCCUCCGUCACCAUGGCCAAUGAUCACGUCGACGGUCUUGGAGGCACACUGAUGCCUUCAGACCAUCAAUCCGUCGCUCCACCUGUCGACUCUGCGGUCACAUCAGAACUUCUCUCGAAGAUCGGCACCAUCAUGUCUGAAGCUAACAAGAAACUUGCUGUCACUUACGGCAACUCCAAGCUCAAUCAGCAAGACUCCACCGACGUGGCGAACCCGGAAGCCCUCUACGAGCAACUAGAGUCUGACCGCCAGAAGAUCCAAAAACAAGUGGCUACUCUCACCGUUAGCGAGUCGGAGUACGAACCUAGCGAGAUCCAGCUUGGCCGAUACGAGAAGGUACGGACCAACUACGAAUCUCUUCUCGAGCAAUUGCAAUACGCCCGCCUUUCAUCGCAGUUGAACCAUGGAGUUCCCUUCGAGACUCCGAAGGUCGAUUCAUCUUCUCUCAGCCAGGAGGAGCUUGUGGAACGCUUCAACCUGGCGCGUUCUCUGGUCACCGCCCAAAAGACGCGUCGUAACGCGGUCAAAGAUCUCGCGCAGCAAACUGCCGAUGCUGGCGUGAGUACCAAGGUUGAUGUUCACCGAAGGCUCGUGGCCCUGGCAACCGGCGUCAAGGAAGAAGAGCUCGAUCCGAUGGCAGCAGAGUUGGCUGAGACUCUCGAAUUCGACCGCACGAAUGGCAAAGGCCCGUCUCCCGAGUUGGACAGUAAACAGCUGCCACCUCACAAUGACUCGGUCACCAUGCAUCCUCGAGUCGGUGCUCCAGUCAUGGAUGGUUAA